AUCUCGAUCGGGAUGAGCUUUAAACAUGAGAGCAUAACCUUAGGGUUGUGUUCUCUAUCAUAACAGUCCGUUUCGAUCUCUAAAAGCGCUUCCAGCUGCGGGGGUGUAUGAGGAGCAUCAGAGUAAAGAGUUUUACCUCGAUCAGGUAGCGAAGGAGGUGAAAGUAGGAGUGGAAGAGGGGGGCUGUGGUUGGAUUUAGUGAAAGAAAACAAUAUGGCCGCGGUGGAGCUGGAAUGGAUCCCUGAGACCCUGUACAACACCGCUAUCUCAGCCGUGGUCGACAACUACGGCCGAUCGCGACGGGACAUCCGCUCGCUGCCUGAAAAUAUACAGUUUGAUGUGUACUACAAGCUUUACCAGCAAGGCCGCCUCUGUCAGCUGGGAGGGGAGUUCUGUGAGCUGGAGGUCUUCGCUAAAGUCCUCAGGGCCUCUGACAAAAGGCACCUCCUACACCACUGCUUCCAGGCUCUGAUGGACCACGGUGUAAAGGUCGCUUCAGUCCUGGCCAACUCUUUCAGCCGCCGAUGUUCAUACAUCGCAGAGUCAGAUGCGCAUGUGAAAGAGAAAGCUAUACAGUUUGGCUUUGUUUUAGGUGGCUUUUUAUCAGAUGCCGGCUGGUAUGGAGAUGCAGAGAAAGUCUUCCUGUCUUGCCUCCAGCUGUGCACAUUACACGAUGAGGUUCUUCACUGGUAUCGUGCAGUGGAGUGUUGUGUGAGGUUACUUCAUGUGCGUAAUGGCAACUGCAAAUACCACCUGGGAGAAGAAACUUUCAAACUGGCCCAGUCUUAUAUGGACAAACUAGCCAAACAUGGCCAUCAGGCUAAUAAGGCUGCCCUGUAUGGAGAACUGUGUGCCCUACUCUUUGCCAAAAGCCACUAUGAUGAGGCUUAUAGGUGGUGUAUAGAGGCUAUGAGGGAGAUCACCGUUGGCUUACCUGUGAAAGUAGUAGUUGAUGUUCUCAGACAAGCCUCUAAGGCAUGUGUUGUUAAGCGGGAGUUUAGGAAAGCUGAACAACUGAUAAAACAUGCGGUCUUCUUGGCACGGGAACAUUUUGGGCACAAGCACCCAAAAUACUCAGAUACACUACUAGAUUAUGGAUUUUACCUUUUAAAUGUGGAUAAUAUCUGUCAAUCAGUGGCCAUUUACCAGACUGCACUAGAUAUUCGGCAGUCAGUGUUUGGAGGAAAGAAUAUUCAUGUUGCAACUGCACAUGAGGACCUGGCGUAUUCGUCCUACGUCCAUCAGUACAGCUCUGGUAAAUUCGACAAUGCACUGUGAGUAUCUCAAUCCCGUCCUGGGCACAUUAGUUACAGAGAAAUAAUUAUUUUAUAUCAUUUUGAACCAUAAUUGCAUCUGUGUCAGGUGGGUAAAUGGACAGUGCAAGUGUUUCGUGCACCACUAUUCUUACACUCUAAAUCAUAAAGAGCAUAUCAAUUGCAGAUGAUGAUUGAUGGACAGAUGACU